UGGGCAUGUGAGUAUACAUACAGAUUAAGCGGGCAAGUUUCUUAGAGCGUGUGGGUGUUUUGAUGUGCCCCCAAUGCAUGUGCCCUUUGCCCCGAUCAAGUCUCUACACCAUGAUUCGAGCAUGCCUUCUUGGAGUUUUUCUUAUUCUGCCGUCCAUUCAAUAACAUGGCACAGAGAUAUGUGGUGGACCUUGAGUCGAUAUAUCGCGGUGAUCUGCAAAUAAAAACCCACCUAUAAGAGCAAACAUAACCUCGCAAAGAUCAUUCACUCUAGGUUUGGACCCCUUUUGUUUUGGGUACUUCGACUUACCUCGUGCAUACAAGUAACAGGGGUGAGACAUCGUAUUGUUCUGCAACACAGAACUUGCGGCCAUUUCCUUCUGUAUGAUCCAUUAUUAUUAUCGUUCUUUGGAGUCUUGUGAAUGUUUUAGUGUUCCUGAAUAAAUUGCUUCAUCAUGGCUGAGAUGAAGGUAUGGACAGUGCUACUGGUCCUGAUCUCUUUUCAUGGAAACUCCGACAGUCAAACUGAUAUGUUUACCAUGAUCAUGACGACGGAUAUGGGUACACCACCGCCAACAAAUAGCACCCCACCUCCCCCUCCCCCGCCAUCAAUUACACCACCCCCACCACGAACUUCAACACCAGACCCUCCAGUCACAACACCAACCUCACCUCCCCCUCCCCCACCAACAAUCACCCCACCCCCUCCACCACCAUCUUCUACACCAGAACCUCCUGUUACAACAAGAACCCCACCACCACCCCCUCCCCCAUCCCCACCUCCACCCCCACCAUCAUCUACCAUUCCCCCUUCGACCACUCCUAGUCCUACCACAAUGACCACACCCACUAGGAGGAGUCUCACUACCACCGUUGCCAUGACUACUCAACCAAUCGAAAGAACUCGACAGACCACUCGACAGAGGACCGAACCUCCCGCGUCCGUCGAACCAAACCCUGUCGCUGAAUCACUUGGAAAGAUUGGUGUCUUGUUAGCCACAUCGCUAGAUGAGUUUAACAGAGCCCAAUUCAAGGAGGUUAUAGCACGGGAAGUCAACAACUAUUGUUCCGAAUUCACAGGUCAAUGUCUUGGUGAAGGAAAAACUGUAAGUGCCAUAAAUGUGGUGAUUGUCAAUGCCGAACCGUAUGAAGUUCAGGUAAAUGACGCUAGACGGAGACUUCUCCAGGAGCAGGAGAUCCUGGUGGAGUACUAUGUGCAGGAUCCGGUCUUAUCUACCAACGUCAUGAUGACAACAGAGCAACAACGAUCCUUCCUCGCUAAUGAUGACGUCGACGACGCCUUAAAGACCGACAUCACUGGUUACACUGGUAUCGCACCUGUUUAUGCCGAUCCAGUGGAUGAUGAGGGACUAGAAGGUUGGGAGAUAGCUCUCAUUGUUAUAGGAUCAGGGGCUGCAGCUGGACUCGUGGUUGGCGGUAUAUACUACCUCAAUUAUACCAAAAAAUCCAAGAGCGAUGAGUUAGAUGUGGAACUACAGGAGAAGAAAUCAAAUCUAACGGAACAGCAGACCGGAAAUGAUUAUUCUACGGUUGUAACCACGAAUGGUUUGGACCAACCAAUAAAAGAAACCAAGAAAAAACCUCCCGUGGACGAAGCUAAUGUUGCUACACAGGUGAAAUACAAAGAUAUACUGAUUGAAACAGGGUAUGAAGCAGUAGAAGGGAACACUCCAAAGGAAGCUAAUAAGAUUGACGAAAGACCAAACGGAGGAACAUCAGUGGUAGUGACUGCUGAGAUUUCAUCAUCCUCUUCCGGCUCUUCCACUCCAUCGGACACCGAGCAAGAUGCUACGGCGGAAGAUAAGCAAGAGAUCCCACCAGACUAUGAGCCACCACCACCCAUAGCUGAUAAUAAGGACAAUGAGGAUCAACUUGCCAAGAAAGAAGAAGACGAGGCAGUGAAUGAGUUAGACAAGCUCAUCGAUUCUCAAGCGCAGGAGCUAACAGUCAACUCAGUAGAGUUUCAGAAUCCAGGGUUUGAUGCAUCUCCCGAAAACUGAAUGGAUUGACCUUAAUCAUUGAAUACAAGGACAUAUCUUCCUCUCAGCAGUGAUCAUACAUGAUUUUUACAAGAAUGUAAGAAGGAGUUUUUUAGGCGUUAGCAUUCUGCGAUAGACGCUAGAAAAAAAAUCAACUUUAAAAGAACAUUUAAUCAAAAGUGAAGACGAAACUUAAGUAUCAUAAUUGUUUCUCUGUGAUAAGGGUCAUUCUCUUACUCCUCGUGAGCAGAUGAUGUUAGUUUGUUUAAUCAAUCAAUCAAAAUGAAUUGUUGCUACCAAUAUUAUUACCAACAUUGCUUAUUAGUUCAGUUGUACGUGAAAGGUGAACUCCAAAAGUGGAUCACAGGUGGUAGGCCCGAAUUCUUUCUCUGCCCCCCCCCCCUCUCUCUCUCUCUCUCUUCAUAUUUCCUCAUUUCUACACGCAUCCCGCACUCUCGUACCAUCUUAAUCGCCAGUUCUUUGAAGUACGAAUCAAUAAUCUAUGUUAGAUAUGUACUUCUCAAG